GACAGACCUCAUACAAUCACUGCUGCAAAGGAAUGAUGAAGUGGAGUAUUGUUUUGGGGGUUUUCUUGCUAUGUUUUCUUGCAAAUAAUCUAAGCGGUGCCAGAUUCAUUCCUGAAGGGGUGCCCUAUGAACGGCCCCCGGCUGUGCCCUACUGGUCUUAUUCCACCUCAGAUUUCUGGAACUAUGUGGAAUACUUCCGCAACAUUGGGGCUUACGACCAGAUCAAUGAAAUGGCCAGAACAUUCUUUGCCCAUCAGCAUCUUGGAGACACGCUGGGUUAUGAAGUGGCAGAGCAACAUGGACACUAAAUUGAUGUUAUUAGUUCAUCACUCAUAGUUUAGUUUGUGUCAUUAGAAACUAAUGAUAAUUGACUAAAUAUAACUAAACACCAUUUAUAGCCCUGUAAUAAUGAGUGCUGUGUUAUAUCCUUAAAUGUAUAAAAAGCAUACAGGAAUUAAUGUUUAAUUGUAGUGUGAUUAACAGCUUCAGAGUGCAUGAUUGUGAUG